AAAGCUCUUCUUCCGGUGCCUUGGUCAUCUCGUUCUCCUCUAAAGGACCAAUUUGGGUGAAAAUGCUCGGAAAAGUAAUCGGAAACAAGUACAUGGCGAUAGCCAAGUCGUGGGUCCCCACGUUGGCGAUCUGGGGUACGACCGGCGGCGUGGCUCUGGUCUACCUCACAGACUGGAGGGUGGUUCUGGAUUACGUCCCCUACAUCAACGGCAAAUUUAAAAAGGACGAGUAAAGAUCACGAGGUCGGUGCUGUUUCUCCACAUGAGGCCGUCUGCGGUGAGCUGCUGCGGCCGGACCUCACUCCGACCCUCCAGACCCCCCGUCUUCAUCCAGCAGCGACAUACUGAACUCUUUAUCUGCCACAGCGUCUCGGCGCUCAUCGUCUGCCCAGAAGAGGACUGACCCGAUGACUUUUCUUUCCCUCCGGAACUGGAGGACGAGUAUUUAUUGUAAUCUGACGUGGAUCACAUGUGAUCCCUUUCUUCUGUUGUGAUGAGAAAAAGUAGAGCGCUCCGUCGAUCUGCCUUCAGGUUCUGUGUGAUGAAUUUCUCUCAUCUGACUGUAAAGGUUGCCUUUCCUGGUUGAAUGGGAUUAAAAUGAUGCAUUUUGUCUUCUCA